AUGGCUAAAUCUGGCCCGGCGCGCCAGGAUUCUGGUGGCAGCACCGGAGACGUUGAGGACACCCGCGACAUGAAAAGCACCUCAGGGAGCAUGUCAGAGGAACUCAAUACCACUCAGGUGUCGUUUGCGAGCGCCAGGCGCACCAGUGGCGAGCACAUUGCGCACCAUCGCUCAAAGCACGUGGACGACCGCAAGCAGUGGAGCGCCAUCAAAUCGCUCAUGAAGAAGCUAAACACGCUAUCGGAGUCCUUCGGGGACGCAGGAUGGGGACCAGCCUACGAAAUAGCGUCCAAGCCGACCAGAAAGGGACCCACUAUGGGACUUUUCUUCGGACCGGCGAAGCGGCCUGAGAACUGCUCGCUCAUCAUGCAGACGCCGGACUCGAUGGAGCGCUACUCCUUCUACGGGAAGCUCAUGCAACACACCAGCUGCGCCCCGUACGCCAUUACAACGGUCACUUAUGGGCACGUGGUCGGUAUCGGAAGGUGUGGAUUAUGUGGAACGCAGUGCGGAAAGGUUGUCGUUUACAAACUGGAGACGUUUGAGCGCAUCUUCGUUUUCGACACACUGCUCUACUACGGCAAGGCAGAGCAGACGCAGGAGCAGGUGGAGGCACUUGCGGAAGACGAGGAGACUGUGCUUGCGCCGAACGCAUUCGAGAUCAAUGCCCUCAGGCUGGUCAAGACGUUCGAGAACUACUCGACCAUGCUGGUCGUGGGAAACCAGCUCGGUCACCUGCUUGUCAUUGAGCUGCCUUCCAUGAGGCUGCUCAACAUCAUAUAUUAUCCCAAACAUGGAGCGGCGCCGGCUCCCGAGACGCCGAACUCCACGGCUGAUGAACAAGCUGACAACGAGUAUGACGAAACGCCUAGGCAGCAGCGAAUCCAGAACGUAGUGGAAAUGGGAGAGCCCAGCCCCUACAUAUCGUGCCUCAAGGUACAGCCGAACGUGAAUGACGUCUGGGUGGGAUACGGUGACGGCACCUUUGCGGUGUUCACAAUACCGGCGGGCGUGUGCAAGAGGCACGUGCCAGCGGACUCAAUGGAGAAGGAAACUAACAGCAACGUGGAGAUCGAUGUCAGGUGGCAAAGGGUCAUGAGCAUCCAUUUCUCAGCCAUGCUGGACCUGGCGCUUGUGGUAUACGGCAACAUACGUGUGGAUGUUUGGGACACCCGCAAUUUCACAUUGCUGAAGUCGCUGCCGGCGUCAAUCCUCACGUGCGAUUCCAGUCUCAUAUCUUCCAUGAGGCUAUACGAAGGUUACGAGAAGAUGUGCAUCUUGUUCAUAGGCUCCAUGGAAGGAUCGCUCAUCAUGCGCAAGGUCGAGCGCCACCCGAGCAACGGGGUGUCGUGGUCGCUGCUGCUCAACCUGCUGUAUGACAUCAAGUUUAGCGCAUCGCCCAGCGACAAGCAGCAGGGCGCCAACGAGCUCGAGUCCAUUGACUUCAGGGGCGCUCCGAUAACCUGCAUAUACCCGCUCCUCUCCCACAACGCCGUUAUCGUGGGAAACGCCUGCGGGGCAAUGGUAGCGGCAUGGAACGUCCUGAAGCGGCUCCGGGGGAGGUGA